CGGCCUGCUAACAACUCCCGCCCCUCAGCAGCAGCGACGACGUCGACGCAGCAGCAAGCAGCACGCGUCUACUAAGAAUUAGUUUAGUGUCUAAAGUGUCAAGUGCUGCCGUAACUUAAAAGAAAAGAUAUUAACGUGUCUGGCUGAACGACUUUAUCAGAUCGGUCGAGCUUUAAAUAUUGUGUGAAGCGAGACGCAUGCGCAGUGUUCCCUCUCGCUCAUACGAACGUCAACAACAGCAACAGCUUCAAUAAGCUAAACAAUACGAAAUAAAUCGUGUAAACAGCAGCAGCAGCAGCCGCCGCAGCCUCCGUUUGCGUCUGAGCUUAUUUAAGGCCAACGCCACUUGGGAUUAAUCGCUCAGAACAUUUCAAGCUGCUCAGCUGAGCAGUAACGCGAGUUGACGCAAAUAUAAAAAACAUAAAUAAAAUACACGAAAAUGUCUUAAAAAACGCCAAGCGGACGUGCUAUUAAUAUAAACACGAAUAUUUGCGCUAAAUUUUAAACAUUUCUGCUUAAGCAAUUCUUAUGCAAUUCGUGCGGUAAACAAUUGCGUUAAGUCCGCUCAUAAAUUAAUAAAAGCAAAGUAAGUGAGGAAACAAAACAAAGCCAAGAUGUCUGCAUCGAAGGAAGCAAUCUGCGCCGGCUCGAAUGAUCCAGAGAAGCCGCAAUUGGGUCUGCAUACCACACGUUACUUUGUAACGUUUAUGCUGUUUCUGGGCAUGGCCAAUGCGUAUGUAAUGCGCACCAACAUGUCUGUAGCUAUUGUGGCCAUGGUUAAUCACACGGCUAUAUCGAAGGGUGAGGAAAUUCUGGACGAUGAGUGCGGCGAUCGUGAACUGGAAGUGGACAAUGGCGAGGAUGGUGAAUUCCCUUGGAGCUCCAGUCUGCAGGGCUAUAUACUCUCCUCCUUUUUCUAUGGCUAUGUCAUCACGCAAAUUCCCUUCGGCAUACUGGCCAAGAAGUUUGGCGCCAUGCGCUUCCUUGGCUACGGCAUGUUAAUCAACUCGGUGUUUGCCUUUCUGGUGCCAGUGGCAGCGCGCGAAGGCGGCGUCUAUGGUCUCUGCGCUGUGCGUUUCAUUCAGGGCUUGGGCGAGGGUCCAAUUGUGCCUUGCACGCACGCACUGCUGGCCAAGUGGAUACCGCCCAAUGAGCGCUCGCGCAUGGGCGCCGCUGUCUAUGCGGGCGCGCAGUUUGGCACAAUUAUAUCGAUGCCGCUGUCUGGUCUGCUGGCGGAGUACGGAUUCUCUGGCGGCUGGCCGUCCAUCUUCUAUGUGUUUGGCGUUGUGGGCACCAUUUGGUCCAUUGCUUUUCUUAUACUGGUGUAUGAGGAGCCCUCGACGCAUCCACGCAUCGAUGAGCGUGAGAAGCGCUACAUCAACGACUCGCUAUGGGGCACUGAUGUGGUCAAGAGUCCGCCCAUUCCAUUCAAGGCUAUACUGAAGUCGCUGCCCUUCUAUGCAAUUCUCUUCGCGCACAUGGGUCACAACUAUGGCUAUGAGACGCUCAUGACGGAGCUGCCCACGUAUAUGAAGCAGGUGCUGCGCUUCUCGCUCAAGUCCAAUGGGCUGCUCAGCUCGCUGCCCUAUCUGGCCAUGUGGCUGUUCUCCAUGUUCAUCUCUGUGGUGGCCGAUUGGAUGAUUAGCUCCAAGCGCUUCUCGCACACAGCAACGCGCAAGAUCAUCAACAGCAUUGGACAAUACGGUCCGGGCCUGGCCUUGAUCGCCGCCUCCUACACAGGCUGCGAUCGUGCGCUGACCUUGGCUAUUCUCACCAUUGGUGUGGGCCUCAACGGCGGCAUCUACUCGGGCUUCAAGAUCAAUCACUUGGAUCUGACGCCGCGCUUUGCGGGCUUCCUUAUGGCCAUCACCAACUGCUCAGCCAAUCUGGCGGGUCUACUGGCGCCCAUUGCGGCAGGCAAUCUGAUUAACAAUAAGCCCACCAUGGGUCAAUGGCAGAUUGUGUUCUUCAUUGCCGCCUUUGUCUACAUCAUCUGCGGCACCUUCUACAACCUCUUUGGCUCCGGCGAACGGCAGUACUGGGACAAUCCCGACAACGACGAGAAGAAGCCAAGUCUGAGCAGCAGUCCCAACGCACCCGCACCCGCAAGGCUGAGCAAUGGCAAUACAAAUCCGCUGGCCAUCACCGCCAGCGAGUCGAGGCAGUAAUUACCAUUUCACUAAACACUACACUGAACACAAAAUCUAGCUCUAAGUCUCGUUUUUAAGCUCUACUUUAUAUUGCAUAUAUUUCUCUAAGCCAAAAGUUGUUAUUAGCACGCAUUGCCAAGAAUUCCAUUGCUCCUCCCCCAUAUUCAAGAAAAGACAAUAAUCCAAGCACUUUAAACUCUAAACUCUAAGCUAAGAGCACAAAUUGUCACACAUUUUUUAUAAAAAGUUAGUUGAAAUUGCAAGUGAAUUUGUAAGUGCAGUGCUGUGCCUUUAAAUGUCUACAAUUUUCUACCAUUACAAAUGCGUAGUUUUUCCAUUGUGAUAGAAUUUUCAUUUUUUAUAGUUUGUCAAUUCAAUUGAAAUGAAUUAAGCAUAUACUACUUUGUUAAAACAUAUUUAAAAACAUACAACUAAACGCAAGCAAAAGACAUAAUAUUUAAAGUUUGCAAAUAAAAAACUGCUCAAGCAGCCAAAACAAUUUAACAUUUUAA